UAUAGUUCUAUAAUUGUAGUAAAACAUCACAACGUUUUUACUAUUCGAGAACGCAACGCAGUCGUCUACGCUCUGACGUCACUGUAGGACGCAGAGGAUUAUGGGUAAACACUAACGUAAGGAGGAUGGCGGAGGUGACGGAUGAGGUGUUUUCUCUCUGAUGGUUGGAAACAGAAGAUCUUGACUUCAUCCUGCAGAGGAUCAGAAAGCAGCAUGGCGGAUGAGAACGAGAAACCUGCUGUUGCUCCUCCGGUGUUUGUGUUUCAGAAAGAUAAAGCCCAAAAGAGGUCAGCAGAGGGAUCCAGCACAGAGGAUGGAGACGACUCUGAUACAGCAGAUGGCAAUUACAGCCCUGCAGCCAAAAGAGGAAGAACAUCACCAUUUACGCAGUUUCCACCAACUCAUUCCGUUUCUAAGAAUAAUGUUUUCAUGCCAUCCAGUUUCUGCCAGUCACCAACCGAAAACUCAGACUCAGAACCUGAGGAGAAAACCAUGGGGUUUCGCCUGAAACCCCCGACUCUGAUCCAUGGCCAGGCGCCGAGUGCUGGUGUCCCGAGCCCCAAACGCAAAGAAGCCCAGCGCAGCAUCCUGCGACCUCCAAUGCUGCAGCCCCCUCCGGCUCGACCCCCCCCACAGAACAACACGGGCGACAGCAGUUCAAACGGAGCGAAGAACCUCUCACACGGAGGAGCAGGAUGUGAACGUAACUCAGAGACGUCUGGUGCUGGCACACAGGAUAAUGACGCAUCAACGCAGAAGACAGAAACUCCUACAGGUUUGGAACAACUGAAGGUAAAGAGCAGCAACACUCUUGGGCACAAAACAGAAGACCAAACUGAAGGUGCCCCGCUUGAGACCAGUUUUGUGUUUGGACAGAAUAUGAGGGACAGAGCAAAGGUGGCCAACAGCUGUGUCUCAUCCAAAAGUGGUGAUUCAAAGGAAACAAAUUACUUUUUGCAGUAUGUCACUUCCAGUGCACAAAAACCUGACAGCAGCAAUGCCAACAGCGUGAAGUUUGUCUUUGGGCAGAACAUGUCGGAUCGUGUCUUGGCACUGCCAAAACUCAGCACUGAACCUCCAGGGGGCAGCAAAGAGCCUCAGUCAGAGAUUGGCCUGUUCAGCCAGAUUUCCUCCUCACAUGAUCAAACUCUGGAGAAGAGUGAAAACGUGGAAGAGUCUCUGGAGGAGUCGGCGGCGCGACACGAAGCACACAAACCACACAAGUGUUUAUUAGAGCAGGUGGAGGUCAGGACAGGGGAGGAGUCUGAGAGCAAUGUGCUGCAGAUGCAGUGUAAGCUGUUUGUGUUUGAGCUGACGUCUCAGUCAUGGCUGGAGAAAGGAUGUGGAGUGCUCAGGCUCAAUGACAUGGCGUCCGCUGAUGACGGCGCCUUACAGUCCAGACUGGUCAUGCGGACUCAGGGAAGUCUUCGAGUGAUCCUCAACACUAAGCUUUGGUCUCAGAUGCAAGUGGAUAAAGCCAGUGAGAAGACUCUCCGAAUAACAGCCAUGGACACAGAGGAGCAGGGCGUCAAAGUCUUCCUCAUAUCUGUAAGAAUGCACCCAGUGAUUAUCAUAUCAUCAGCUGAUUUGAGUCAGUCAGUGUUGUGUUGCUGGUCUCGUCUCAUCUCCUCUCAUCUCAUCUCUCAGUCCAGCUCUAAGGACGCUGCGCAGCUCUUUGCAGCCUUGCACCAUCGUAUCCUGGCGCUGCGGAGCAUCAGCGGACAGGAGUGUGACGGCCAGCCGGUCACCCGCUUCAGCAACGACGACGAGUCCCGCACGCCCCCCACAGCAGCCACCCCUGCUCCAGGUAAUCCAGAGGCAGGUGUGUGUCCAUCCACAGGUGACACACAGUGUUGAGUCUGCUGCUGAUGUUUAUCCCACAAUGCCUCACUGCAGCCCUCUGAUCCCCUCAAAUACUAUGCAGGUGUUUUUUCUCCUUCAAGUGUACUGUAGUCAUGUGUUCAGCUGGUUUUAUUGAUUGCAUUUUAACAGCAAAACAGCUCAUCUUCAGGACUGGACACAUAACACUCUCAAAGUCAUCAUAUUGAUGAAAAUGAGAGGCUCUUAGUGUUUUAGUAAACUGAAUUUCCAUUCUAAAUGUGAGACUUAAUUACUCCAUUCCCUGCUGAGUGGAAACAGUUUGUUGUCCCAUCUCAUCUUCCAUCACAGUUCAGCUCAGUUCAGCUGUGUUGUUAAAAUCAUUCGUCGCUCACUUUAGAUCUUUAGAAUUUACUCUCUUUUACUUAAAGGAAAAGUUCACCUAUAAAUGAACAUUCUGUUGUGACUCUUUUGUAGUUUCAAAGCUGAAAAAAAGAAAGAUAUUUUUGAGGAUUCUGGGUUUGGAUGUGUAAACAAUGACAGAGUUUUUUAUUUUUGGGGUGAAAUGUUUCAGCUUUUACAUAUCAUUGCAGUGAGGUUGACUAUUGUACAAACACUUACUGUAAAUUAUUCUCCAGUUUCAUUGCAAUAGUACCUUUUCACACAGUAUAUUUUUAUGAAUAUGUACUGUACAUAGUUUAGGAUCAAAAGUUUUAUAGCAAAAUGUUUUAUUAAGGACAUUAAUUACUAUCAUUACAGGUUCUGUAUUGUCUGUACUACCGUAAUACUAUAUACAGUGUUUUUAAUUUAAA